UGCUCAGUACGUGCCAGGCGGCCUCCACCACCUGCCUCCCCGCCGCUCCUCGUGCCCCGCGUUGCCCUCCAGGGGCCUCCCACCGUACCGCCGCGUCGGAGGGCGUGAAGCAGGUCCGGACCCCGCCUUGGAUGCUGGUGCCGGGAGCCAUGGAUAAAUACCUCGGUCGGGAGGGACGGUGAUGGGCGAUUCUUGUUUAGUGGGAAAGUGAUAUUUGUGUGUUUGAUAAAUCAACCUGAAAUGUUCGUGUGUUUAUACUCUGUGUGUGUUUAGAAAUUGUUGUCGAGAUUUGCGUGAAUUCGUGUGUCGUAUAUUAGUGUUCAACUUUAAUUGGUUCCGGCGGGAACACCUCACCGACGAGUUACUCAGUUUGCUGUUUGCCCCAUGAGCGGGGCGGGAGUGAGGGGCGAGCGUGAGGACAGAGGGCGGGCCUGGGGGGCUGAGGGCAGUAGGAGCAUCACCAGGUGAGCGAGGCACCUGCCCCGGGAGGCUGAGGCACCUGGCGGCGGCGGAGAGAGCCCUCGUGCCAGCUGCCCUCCGCCAUGGAUCAAUAGCCGCGCUGCCCACCGAGCGAGGCGCCCCGGAGACCCGCACCUGUGUGCUCCCCGCCGCCGCCCCCGCGCUGCCGCGGCCUCGUUCCCAGGUGUGGGCGUACGGGCGUGCUGCCAUGACCACCCCACACCCUCGCAGGGUGGAGUAGAACCUUGGGCCUUCAUCUCCUAGAGGGACCCUUGGUAUCCUGAGUCGCAGGCAACGUUCGGUGCAACCACCUGCAGCAGCAGAGUCCGGCCAGGCCAGGAGACACCCGGCCGUGGGGAUGAGACGCAGCAACCAAAAUCCGAUGGACCUGCCCCGGGAGUAUCACGGCGGCCACUCCGACCAUUACCGAGACCACCCGCCGCCCUACCGCCAGCACGUCCCCCUCGAGCACUUCCGGCCCGCCACCAGCAUGGACCUGUACAGAUCUAGCGGCUCACACGGUGAUACUUACCGUGGCUCUGGGGCCUCAGGGAGCCAAGGUGACCACUUCCGUUCCAGCUCCAGCGGGGGCUCGGGUCUUCCCUCCUACCACGUGUGCACAUCAUCGGCCGACUCCUUCCGACCCGCCAGCACCGGCCACACCUUCCACCACAGCCCUAGUUGCCCCCACACCUCCCUGGCAGGGCACGGCCCGCCCCAGCACGACCCCUUCCACUCAUUUUCCAGCGACAUGUGUCGGAGCCUUGGCAAUGGUCCUGACGGCUACUCUGAAGGCACGCUCCAACCUCGGGGACACGACCAUCACCACCAUGAUCACCACCACCACGAUCCCUACCACCGCCACCCAUCGCCUCAAGACAUGGCUGGGUCACGCGGACACCUCGCUGGGUCUCAAGCGCCGGACAUGUAUCGAGACUUGCCACCUCUCAUGCCCCACGCUCCGCACCACCACCAUCACCACCACCACCACCCACAGCAGCAGCAUUCACACCACCUGGUACGCCAUAGCUCUACCAUUGACCGUCAUACCCUUGAGCGUCACCGUGCCGCACUGGAAUCCCGCGGGGCCCUCGAGCCUCACCAGGAGGUGGCCAGUCCAAGAGACCCACCGGAUCAGCCGUCCUCCUCUCUCCUGGGGACGCGCCACCUCAGAAGCGCGCCCGACAUGCUGCGGCACCACCGCUCCGUACCCGACAUGUACGCUUCGCUGCAGGAGGAAGAGCAGGAAGAACAGCAGCAGCAGCAACAGCAGCACACAUAUGGUGAGGGCUGCCGUCUUCGCCGCCAGCAGUCCGUCAGCAAAGAGGGCACUAGCACCUCAGGUAGCGCUGCGUCAGAGCCCACGGCUCGUCCUCGUUCUCGGCCCUUCGGCCUCCAGCGGCAGCACUCUCUCGGCCAAGAGUUAUCCAGGCCGUUCUCUAACACGCUGGAUCUGAGGCCGCCGAGGGAGCUGAGGACUCUGCAGCAGGACAUCACGAGGUCCCAGAGCAAUGCCCUCGACCUGGCACGGGCAGGGAGUUUAGGCGGCCUCUCCCCAUCAAUGGCUGAUAUUCGACGCUCAAGGAGCAGUGCCCAAGAGAUGUGUCGUGGGGCGCGAGCAGGGAGUGAGGGCAGGGAAAUCCGUCACGCCCACUCCACCCAUGACCUGCCCGUGUCCCACUCCCCACGCUCCAGGUCCCCUCGCUCCCACCAAACGCUGCCCGACGUUUACCCAGAGCCCCCCAGAGCCUCCUCCGGCGGUUCAAGCGGCCCCUCUCCCCCCAUCCCUAGCGGGCCUCCGUCUGAUCCCCCGCGGCCAGGAAGUGGAGGCCAAGGAAGCGAUUUUCCAAGGCAGCACUCAGCCUAUUGCGAAGUGGCCAGGGCACAGCAACAACAGCAACAGCAGCACCAUUAUUAUCACCACAGUGGCCCUCAGCAAUCCAGCAGGGUGAGUCAGGUUGCAGGGAACAACCACCACCACCACCACCAUCCCUACCACCACCACCACUUCCAUCACCACCACCAUAACACCAACCAGCCAGACAACGGUCGCCAGACACUUCGCAACGGUCGACACAAAGCGCUGCUUCAGGCACACGAUGUGGUGGCGCACGAGGUGUACGGAGACGAGGCCAUCCGUGUGACGCCGCCGCCCCUCUUGCCGUACCUCAACGGCGGGGACGAGGUGGACCCGGCCAACGGGGACGUGGACAUGGAGAACAUCACGAGGGUCAGGCUGGUCCAGUUCCAGAAGAACUCGGACGAACCGAUGGGUAUCACGCUCAAGAUGAACGAGGAGGGACGGUGCAUCGUGGCUCGCAUCAUGCACGGUGGGAUGAUUCAUCGGCAGGCGACGCUCCACGUGGGCGACGAAAUUCGGGAGAUCAACGGUGUUCCUGUGGCCAAUCAAAGCGUGGACAUACUGCAGAAGAUGUUGCAGAGGGAGGCCCGUGGGUCCGUCACCUUCAAGAUUGUCCCGUCGUACCGCAGCGCACCACCGCCCUGUGAGUUUUACAGGACGAAGAAGCAACAAGUUCUCGUAAGUAUGUUGUGUAGAGUAGAACCGCAGCCCCUGCGUCUCCAAGGAUGUACGGAUGCACAGCAGGGGUAUGGCGGGUCAGGCAAAUUACACCUCAUUGAAAGACCCUCACAUUCCCAGUCUUGAAGAGUUAGACACAGAUUCCAACACUCGUAUGGAACACAAGUGACAGACAUCCUGCAGGUGCACUAGCCCCAUGCCGGCCCUAGGGGUGUGGUGACGAUUCCUUGGAGGCGGGGAGGCGGCGGGCCCAGCAUGGCUGUGUCUCCCUGUUGCCUCACGCUGUGUGUCUCGCUUGCUUCCUGUUAUUCGUGUCGCUGAGUCCUCUCUUACCACUUCAGCAAUGCAACAAUUAAUAAUGAAUCAUUGUAAACCCUAUGUAACAAUAUAAUCUUCUGAUUAUUUGGCGGAAUCUUUUCAUUAUCAGAUU